AUGCGACGUUUCUCCCCGUCAUCACAAGGAGAAGGUUCGCCGUCUCUGACUCUGAGUGGCCACGAUUGUGAUUUGGUGGAGAUCACAAACGGCUUCAUUCGCGGCGGGCCUCUCGACAUAUCGCCUCCAACUUCUCCAGAUCUAUAUCGGAGUCUGCUUAGAGGACCUUUUAUCGUGGAGAUGGGUUCCUCCCCGCAUCAAACUACUUCUCCUCCGGAAAGCGUAAGAAAAGCCGUGAAGCCUGGUAGGCAGCGAUCUCUCAACGAGUCUGGGACUAAUCACGCGUCCAACUGGUCGUAUCAUGAUGACACCGUGCUUAUCAAUGCUCGGGCCAGGGGCCAAGGAUGGAGUCAAAUACAGAAAGAACAUUUUCUGAACAAGACAGCAAACGCUUGCCGAAAGAGGCACGAGCGUCUCGUUGCAAAACGAAGAGGAACAGAGUGGAACCAGGAAAUGCUUGAGAAGUUAUCGACCGAGUACAGUCGAUGUCGGGAGCAGAUAUGGCAGCCUCUAGCAAACGCCAUUGGCGAGAAAUGGCAGGAUGUUGAAAAGAUUUGCUUUGAGAGAGGCUUGAAAUCAUUGAUCACACAGCCCCGCUCGCAAAGAGGACGAGAUAUCCUCCAUACACAGGUUCAACCGAGCAACAUCUCAAAGCCCAACAAUGACGAGUAUCCCCGCCGGACAAGCUUGCUGCCUCUCAAAGACAUUUUGGCACCCGACUAA